UCACAAAUCACAUAUAAAAAAAAGCCAAAAACCAACACAAAACCCCGUCAUUUACCAACCAGUCAAACACCCAAAUACCUUGCCCGAAACAUGUGACAGACGGAAGAAACGGCCUACAUGAGAUAAGUAGCGAACACACGCAAUCACACACACACGAUUACGAAGCCAAGCAAGUGCAGAUUUUUCCUGUGGGCGGCUGAGAAAGUUACACCUUGUUCAAGACAAAAGGCGUUUUUCAUGUUUGAUUUUCCAAGAGAGAGUUAAUGCUAAUAUACUCGUAUAUUAUUCUUGGGGAAAAAGAUUUCUUAAAAAGGGUGUUGACGAAUUCACUAAAAAAAAAAAAAACUGAAAAACUGUGGGUUUUGGUUGAUAAUUCUCACCCCACUGUUUUCCAGUUUCUUCUGCUAAAGUUUGCAACAAUAUAAAUAUCUUGGUUGUGUUGUUUGGCAAUUUCUGGCAAUGCGGAGAUUCGUAGUUGAAAAAACAAAGCAUCUCAUCAGAAAACACGUUCUCACUUCUUAUUAUCACCGCUCACUCGCAUCUCAGUCAUUUCUCUUCUCUUCUUCUCCUUCAACUUCUUCAACAACUGUUGAUCCUUCUUCAUCAUCAAUGGAGUCUUCAUCAAAUCAUGUUACUCUUCAAAGCAUCAAUCCCAAGGUGGUGAAAUGUGAAUAUGCUGUUCGCGGAGCGAUUGUUACACAGGCUGAGAGGUUGCAAGAACAAUUGAAGCAGCAGCCUGGGUCUCUCCCUUUUGAUGAGAUACUUUUCUGUAAUAUAGGAAAUCCUCAAUCUCUUGGGCAGCAUCCAAUCACAUUUUUUCGGGAGGUCCUUGCACUGUGUGAUCAUCCAAGCAUUUUGGAUAAAAGUGAAACACAAGGACUCUUCAGUGCUGAUUCAAUAGAGAGAGCAUGGCAAAUUCUGGAUCAUAUACCAGGAAGAGCAACUGGUGCAUAUAGUCACAGUCAGGGUAUUAAGGGACUGCGUGAAACAAUCGCUUCUGGAAUUGAAGCACGUGAUGGUUUCCCAGCCAGUGCAAAUGAUAUUUUCUUGACUGACGGAGCGAGCCCUGCGGUGCAUAUGAUGAUGCAAUUGUUGCUGAGGUCAGAGCAAGAUGGAAUUCUAUGCCCCAUUCCACAAUAUCCAUUGUAUUCCGCUUCAAUCGCUCUCCAUGGUGGAACUUUGGUUCCUUACUAUCUAGAUGAAGCAACUGGAUGGGGUUUGGAGAUUUCGGAUCUAAAGAGCCAAUUAGAAACUGCCAGGUCAAAGGGUACAACAGUUCGAGCCUUGGUUGUGAUAAAUCCUGGCAACCCAACUGGACAGGUUCUUGCUGAGGAAAACCAGCAGCAAAUUGUUGAAUUUUGCAAGAAAGAAGGUCUUGUGCUUUUGGCAGAUGAGGUUUACCAGGAAAAUGUGUAUGUUCCUGAUAAAAAAUUCCACUCAUUUAAGAAGAUUGCACGUUCUAUGGGAUAUCAGGAGGAGGAUAUCUCCUUGGUUUCUUUCCAGUCAGUCUCUAAAGGAUAUUAUGGAGAAUGUGGGAAAAGGGGAGGUUACAUGGAAGUAACAGGUUUUAGUCCGGAGAUACGAGAACAGAUUUACAAAGUUGCUUCCGUAAAUCUGUGUUCUAAUAUAACUGGUCAAAUUCUCGCCAGCCUUGUCAUGAGCCCACCGAAGGUUGGAGAUGAAUCUUAUGAAGUGUAUUCUGCUGAGAAAGAGGGAAUCCUUUCAUCCUUGGCUAGGCGUGCAAAGACACUAGAAGAUGCAUUCAGCAGCUUAGAAGGUGUGACUUGCAAUAAAGCAGAGGGAGCCAUGUAUUUAUUCCCUCGCCUCAAUCUCUCACAAAAGGCGAUAAAAGCAGCUGAAGCAGACAAAACUGCCCCUGAUGCUUUCUACGCUCGUCGUCUGCUGGAAGAGACUGGAAUUGUUGUCGUUCCAGGAUCUGGUUUUGGACAGGUUCCGGGAACUUGGCACAUCAGGUGCACGAUUCUCCCCCAGGAAGAUAAAAUCCCGGCCAUUGUUGAGCGUCUAACAGCGUUCCAUAAGAAAUUCAUGGAUGAGUUCCGUGAUUAAGAACAUCCUACAUUCCUACAGGCUAUAAUAACCACCUGUUAGAUAGUCCUCGCACAAGUUUGGUGAUAUGGCACGGAAGUAGGAUUCUGUAUCAUUGUUUGGGAAAUCUAUUAGUUAAAUUUUACUCCUUUUGAUACAAAAUUUGCAUUGUUGGAGACAACAAUACGUUCUACUAUAGGUUCUUUUAACAACAUUUAGCAUCAUGAUUGAGGUACAUUUUGUUAUUUAUGCGUGCUGCUAAAGUUUUCUGAACAUUAAGCUCUGUCGGGCUGGAGAGAAGGAAAAUAAGUGGGACCUACGGCUCUAUGUUUAGGUAUUGUUCUAUUCAAUUUGCCUUUAACGUGACAUCGAAAUAAAGUUCCGUAUGUUGUAAUAAGUUCAAUUUAUAACUAUGAUCUUCUUUGUUUCAAGAA